AAAACCACAACCCAUAAAACUCAAAUACAUCCCUAUAUAGCUUCCAAUCCAAAACAUGAAAUUCUUCAAAUCUCUCUCCCUUUCCAUUUUCUUUCUCAUUGCUCUCCUCUCCACCUACACCCAUGCAGCCACUAUCAACAUCAAAAACAAUUGCCCUUUUACUGUUUGGGCUGCAGCGGUGCCCGGUGGUGGUCGACGACUUAACCAUGGCCAAACAUGGGCCAUCAACCCUCCUGCAGGCACAAAGGGAGCCCGGGUAUGGGCCCGGACUGGUUGCACCUUUGAUGGAGCGGGUCGGGGCAGGUGCCAGACCGGUGACUGUAACGGACUCCGCGAGUGCCAAACCUAUGGUACACCCCCUAACACACUAGCUGAAUAUGCACUAAACCAAUUCAACAACUUGGAUUUCUUUGACAUAUCCCUAGUGGAUGGAUUUAACGUGCCGAUGGAUUUUAGCCCUAUUUCCAAUGGAUGUACUCGGGGUAUCAAAUGUACUGCAGAUAUAAAUGGACAGUGCCCGAGUCAGUUGCGGGCCCCAAGUGGGUGUAAUAAUCCGUGUACCGUAUUUAAGACCGAUAAGUACUGUUGCAAUUCUGGAAAAUGUGCACCCACAAAUUAUUCAAGGUUUUUCAAAAAGAGAUGCCCAGAUGCAUAUAGUUAUCCCAAGGAUGAUAAGACGAGCACAUUUACUUGCAAAGCGGGAACCAACUAUAGGGUUGUGUUUUGCCCUUAAAUUCCAUUUUGAUAGUACUUAUGCAAGUAGUAGUACCAGCGUUCUACAAUAAGAGUUUUGGGAUCCAAAGCUUAUGAAGAAUAAAUUCAAGCACAUGUAGUGAUGUGCAGAUGUAAUUGUAACCUAUGGUUGUAGUAAACAUAAACCUAAAUGGGCAUGAAUAUGGAAAAAAAACUUUUUUGUUUGGGUAAUUUAUAA